GGUCACGUGAUUGCUGCCAGUCAUCCUUAUAACACAUAUGCCGGUUAUCGUCCAUCCAGUCGUCAAGGCUGUUAUCGACCGAACUUGACCAUGGAAAUGACUGGGAGUGGGAGUAUGCUCAAAUUGCACGCAUUAAAUUGUCCCGGGACCAGUCCGGGUGGAUCAUGUGGUUGUUACAUUUUGUCCGAUCCGCAAAACGGAUGUUCCACAGUCACAUCCGCGGUCCAGUGGACUCAGGGUAAUACAAUCGAACUGACCGACCCAUAUGGGACACAUUAUUCGCCACAGUAUCCCGUCUCGCGUCCACUGCCAAUCCCCAACGGACCUCCGUUACCACCACCACGUAGUCCCAUUGUAGCCGGGUCCCAUACGGGUACAUUACGUCGAGCGAACACAUAUCGACCUAACGAUGGGGAACAAAUCGUCAGUGAUGGAUUGGAUCACACCACUCAGACUGGCUAUCCCGAUUCGCAUAUGAACUACGGACAAAUGAAUGGACCCACGAUCGGAUCCACGUCGAACGGAACCAAUGACGAUUACGAACAUGAUCAUACCCAGACUCAUUUGGAUAUGGAUAACACCCACGGGACCGGACCACCUGUACGAAUUGAUCUACGACAAUCGUCACAAGAAAGAAAUGGCACACUCAAUGAAACUGAUCAGCUGACUUCCAAAUCACGUGUCCGUCUCGCACAUAUGGGUCUGCCUCCAUUGGCCUCCAAAUCCGGCAUGGUUUCCACAAAUGGGACUGACGAACGAGUGGACAAUAUGGAACGUGAUCCACUGAACGCAACCGGUCAAUGA